AUGGCUACACUCCUGCUCAAGGCCGGCGCCAAUGUGGAUGGAGUUACGGAGGAGAACGGGGUGCCCGCUCUGCAUGUAACAGCCGACCAUGGCUCUCUCGAGAUGGUCAAGCUACUUAUGGAUAGCGGUGCAGAUAUUCGUUGCUGGAUAGAGCAUUUGAUAAUCCAAUGGCAGACUCUUCGGACGCAGAAGAAGGGGCAGACUAAGGAGUUUGAAACCAGCCGAAUCAUACGAUCUCUUCUGUCAUUCCAUAAAGCCAGCCAAGAUCAUGAAAUCCUCCAAGAUGCGCUGACUGUAGCCGCAUACCACGGCAAAACUGGCAUAGUUGAGCUCCUUCUCGCGGCAGGUGCCAAUAUUGACGGAGAAAACAGUUUGGGAUUCAUAGCGCUCAAGACUGCCAUCUUGCAAAACUAUGAAACACUGCAGACCGCUUCGAAGAUCAUUAGACUUGGUGCUAACCAGAAUCACCUGAACAAGUUGUCCCCAUUACACAUAGCAGCUGCGAAAUGUGACGCGCGCUUUGUACAGCUCCUUGUUGAUAAUGAAGUCGAUGUCGAUACUGGCAUUACACUUGUACCAAAACGAGAUUCUCCGAUGUUAAGCCCCCAUUUUAGCAACAGAAGGCUAGCCAACCUAGAAGCAACCAUUACUCGCCUUCACACUCCGCUUCAGUUUGCCUUACAUAGAGUCCAUAGUCUCAUAUUGCGCAGUCGGAAGAUAGAUAAAGCCGCUAUGAUCUUAUUGCAGGCAGGGGCUAAGCUUAUGGGUGGAGAGCUUGUGCAAGCGGUGGAUUUUGAUAGCGUUGAAUGGGGGCAAACUCUUUUCAGUCUCAAGGCUGGGCGACGGGAACUUGUCGACCUCCUCGUGGCCAACCGCGCUACUCACCAUGACACAGGCCCGAAUGGGGAAUCAAUUCUGGAAGGGGCUUGCUUAUCCCAAGAUUUGAACCAGAUAUCUUGGGCAAUUCGUCACGGCCCACGGCCGUACGACUCAGGAGCACUUUGUGCCACUGUCUGUUCCUUCAAGAAAGGGAACGAUAUCACAUCUAUCAAAAGCCUCCUUAGCGAAAGGGAAGGUGGACAAGCUGUUGGAAGCCACUGCAGUAGGUUAUGCUGCUUACUGGACAAUUUGGCCAGUUUUGAAAUGUCUCCUCAAUCUUGGGGUUUUGGACUAAGUGAGGGCUGCAAAAGGCAGUUCUGGCACAGCAAUUCCAUGAUCCGCGGUUCUGUCUUGGUCACCGCUAUCCUCGGAAAAAGCUGGGAAACAGUGCAAUCGCUCCUCGACGCGGGUUACCUUCCUGAUGCCCUAUCAUUGCUGGUUGCAAUCAAUAAGUGUACCUCAGAAGAUGUCGCUAAACUCAUUUCCCACGGGGCUGAUGUCAACGCGCGCCCCUUUCACAAUCUUGAUAAACCUUUCCAACUAGCUUGCCGCCUCAAGCACAUUCAAUUAGUGGCACUGCUCCUUUCUCAUGGAGCAGAUGUUAAUGCCUCAGCAGCCGUGAACGUACCAACAAUCGACCAUUGGGGUGAAGGGCCGAAUGAGCCCCUCCCACGCUCAGCACUGCAGGCUGCCGUUGAACACGGCCAUCUAGAGCUUAUUGACAUGCUUCUCACGGCUGGAGCAGAUGUGAAUGGCCAAUUGUCCCCAGACGCGGGUGCCACUGCGCUGCAGCUUGCAGCCGCAAUGGGUAUCACGAAACAACUUCUAGAGCUCGAGGUAGAAAUCAAUGCCUCUCGAGCAGACAUUAAAGGUCGAACAGCCCUAGAAGCUGCAGCGGAACAGGGACGGCUAGACAUGGUGCAGUUUUUGCUGGAGAAUGAGGCAGAGACGGAGGGAGGUGGUAUCUGGUAUUAUCAUAGGGCUAUUGGAUUUGCAAAACGGCAUGGCCAUCAGACAAUUGCCCGGUUGCUUGAAGAGUGGAGGGAGUGGAUACUCAAAAACUAUGACUGCGACGAAAUAGAAGACGAGCUCUUAGAUGACGAGUUUCGGGAGGAUGAUUAUGGCGAGUAUUGGGAAGACGAGGAUACUGACGGCUAUUAUUAA